CAUUAAUGUUUAGCUAUAAAUUUCUUCUUGUUAUAUAAAAAUAUUUUUGAUUAAUUUUUUUGAUAUUAAGUUAUGCUAAAACAUAACGAGCAUAAAAAGUUUACUGUCUAAUUUUUUUAUAAAAAAAUUUAAAUUCUGACAACAGCUUUCAGAAGACGAGCAAAUCGAACGUCAGCGAACCCUAGUUCACUAUUGGAAGUGAGGGCCUCCCUAUGCUUCUGUUCGGCAGAUUUCUUGAUGAAUUUUGAGUUUUAAUACACCUCAAUAGAUCUGAAAUUGGACGAAUUUCCAUCCGAUAUUUCUGAUUUGGAUAUUGGAGGGAAAACUUACAGCAUCUAAGUUAUCAAUGCACGCAAUUAACCCUCUUGAGAGGUGACGUGCGAUGUCAAAAUCCUCUAUUGUCAUUGAGAUGUGUGUCCAUUUCUCCUCAAAUCUCUUUGCAAACUAAUCGGUUCUUUGAUGACGAGUUCUUCGACGUCCUUAUCCGUUUCGUCCGUGAGCGACUUGGUGAAGAACGAAGUGCCAGAUUGGGACGAUGAGGUUGUGGCUACUGCGCGUUUCAAAGCCUUCAGUGGCCAGAGAUCGGAUUGGGAGCCUCGUUUCCUCUUCUGGAGAGAUCUCAUCCUUAAGGUUGCUCGCAAUCUCGGCGUUUGCGUCGUCCGAAUCUCUGAGUUGAAAAAUACUUGGUUUUCUCGGGGAGGCCUGACACCUUUAUGCAUGGAACAAGUUCUGCACGAAAUGCAUCUCAAUGGGGACAUUCUAUUAAGAAGGGAACUAAGCAAUCCGACUAGUGGACGUCUCUCUCGGUUGUUCAGGAGGGCAGGACAGAUUUUGGGCACUUUUAGAUCAAUUUCUCUGGAAGAUAACUCCGAUGAUACUUUUAUUCUUAGGGUACUGCUGCAGGAAAGAGCUGCUGAUGUUAUUAAAACCUUAAGUGCAAGCAACUGGACGGCUACAUGCGUCAUUACUAUGAAGAACUUUCAAAGUCUCUGCAAGGGCUCUCAAGAAACUUCUGCCAUUUUGUCUCACCUAUGUGAAACUAGACAGGCAUACUAUUUGUCAGUGAGGAAGAAUGAGUUUAUUGAGGGUGUAAAGCUUUCCCUUACUUCAGCAUCUAUUAAAGCGGUCACAGACCUUGACUAUGAUCUUUUGCACUUGUUCUGGACAAGAGAGAAGUUGCUGCAGCAAGUUGACACAGUCGGUCAACGAUGGGAGAACUCUAGAAAAAUGGCAGCAGCUUCUCUGAGAUCAGGAAACAAACAGGCUGCUUAUAGACAUAUACGACAGGCCAAGUUGUUUUCAGAGAAUAGGGCUAAAUGCAUAUCAUUUUUAGAGCGAGUUGAAGAAGUUCUAUCUGUAAUUACAGACACCAACUCCACAAAGAUGGUAUCUGAAGCUAUGCAAAUUGGUGCCAAAGCAAUUAAGGAAAACAUGCUCAAUGUGGAAGAAGUCAAUGUUCAACUUCAGCAACUUGAUGAGUUCAUUACCGAUCAAAAGCAAAUUAAUGAAGCCAUAGAAAGAAUGCCACUUCAGUCUGUAGAUUUCGGAAAUGAUGAUGUUGAGGAUGACUUCAUGAAACUUGAGAUGGAGCUGGCUGAUGAAAUACCUCAGCGCCAAAUCCAG